AUGCCUCCUAAACGACGAGUCAAGAGACAGGAACAAUCUAAUAUUGACGAAGAUGAUGUAGUUUUAGAGCACGACGUCUUCAUUUGCCAAGAUCUCCCGCAUACAGAGCUUUACCGAAUUCAGUUCCCAACACGAAAGAAGAAAACAUUCCAUGUAGAUGCUAAACCCCGUCUCCGCUACAAGAAAAACGUAAAAAUGAUGGAAAUGCGUCUAGCAGCUGAUACUAAUAGUGCCUCGUUCGAUAAAUCAAAGUUCAACGUGAUGACUGCAAACCAACAAGUAAAACCUGAGCCUGUUGGACAGUGUAAAUCCGAUGAAAUUUAUGAAGGACGGUCUUUUUCCGAUUACAAUCCUCUCCAAUAUGCGAUGGGUUUCUUCAAAGAUGAAAAAUUUUAUAUAUGUCCAAUUAGUGGAACGUUCAAUAUGCAACGAUCAAUUACCAAUAUCAAUAGUAAAUUUAAAGGAAAAGAAGAAGAUGGUAAUAUCACGGAAGAAUCUGAUACCGAAAAUACUGGAGGUAGCCAGCCAUUAAGAAUUAAAUUCUCUCGUCCUGAGACUGAGAGACAGAAAAAAAGGAGAGAAGCAAGUGCUCUCCAUAGAGAAAAAUUGAUAGCUAGUGAUCAUUGGAUUAAUAUGGACGUAUACUUAGACGACACUAGUACAGUUAAUGGGAAAUGGGAUGAACUAUCCAAUUCUCCGGACACGACUUACGCCGAGAGACCUACGCUAGAUAUGAGGGAGAUUGUUCAGAGAGCUAUCAUUUGUGGAAAAUUAGACCAACUGGAUUUGACGAAUACGGAUCAGCAAAUGUCUCAUCAACGGAUUAGGGAACUUCCACCACAUCUCCAAAUCAAAGCUCAAGUGAUCAAAGCUCGAGCUAUAAGAACUGAUACUUUGGCUCAUCUGAUAUAUCCAGAGAUUCCAACCUCUGAGUUGUAUGAAGGUUUAUCUAAGUGUGCUCAUUUGGUUUGUGGAGUGUGGGUGCUGAAGUCGGAAUUCCUUUUUAAUAACUUGCCACCAGCUCAUGCAGUCUCUACUGGAAAGAUUGACGAAGCCCGUUCAGAAGUUUGGAGAGAGGCCAGAGACUUGGCUCUGGCUCUUUUGAAUUCUGGGCAUAAAGUGAACAGAACCACUUUGUCGAAAUGUUUCCUCCUGAAUGUUGGAUGUGCUGAUCAAAUUUUGUCAACAUUCGGCGUCAAAGGAGACAAGACCUGGAAGCUUAAAAUUGAUACUGAUCAAACAUUCUUGAAUAAUCCGGAAAAUAUGGAAUUGAUAUUACGAGAGAACCAAUACUGGGUCGAUAGGUUCAAUCACUUACAAACUAGGAUAGAUCGUUCCGCUAGCCCGAAGCGCGUGCGACGACGAAGUGGACGUGGUAGUCCUCAGAAGGAAGCAAAUUAA